CACUACAACGUCCUUAAAUACCCCACGCAUUUUGCAAGAAUAAGAAAGUAAAACCACUAUUGGCUUUCCGUUUUUUUCUGGGCAUGCAACUAUGGCUUCUGUAAAUUUGGAAAUGCCACCUAUGGAUUAUGGAAUUAGAACUGGAAAUCAGGAAGUAGAAUUGAAUGCUGUGAAGGGCCAAAUGGGAUCAAAAACUAGAGGAGUUUCCUUGACUUGGAAUGACUUAUGGGUUACUGUCUCCACUAGAAAAAGUGGCAGAAAAGCCAUACUUCAAGGUCUCACUGGUUAUGCUCGUCCUAGUGAGCUCUUGGCUGUCAUGGGUCCUUCUGGCUGUGGCAAGUCUACAUUUCUCGACGCAUUAGCUGGGCGACUGGACUUCAGCACGAGGCAGAGCGGAGUCAUUCUGAUCAAUGGUCACAAACAAAAACUUUCUUAUGGAACAUGUGCAUACCUGACUCAAGAUGAAACUCUGUUGGCAACACUAACCGUUAAAGAAGCUGUUUACUACUCUGCACAACUCCAACUGCCAGAUUCCAUGACAAAAUCAGAGAAAAUUCAAAUAGCAGAGCAGACUAUAAAGGAGAUGGGGUUGCAAGAUGCAAUGAACACAAGAAUUGGAGGAUGGGGCAAUAAAGGAAUUAGCGGAGGAGAGAAGAGGAGACUUAGUAUUUGCAUGGAGAUUCUAACGCGACCAAAACUUCUCUUCCUCGAUGAACCAACCAGUGGCCUCGACAGUGCUGCAUCUUAUUAUGUGAUGAGCGGAAUUUCACGCCAAAAAGAGGGAAGAACCAUUGUUGCAUCUAUUCAUCAGCCAAGUGCAGAAGUUUUCAACCUCUUCCACAGCCUAUGCCUUUUGUCUUCGGGAAGAAUAGUAUAUUUUGGACCUGCUAGUGCAGCAAUUCAGUUUUUCGCGAGAAAUGGUUUCCCUUGCCCACGUCUUCAGAAUCCGUCAGAUCAUUUUCUUAAAACAAUAAACAAGGACUUUGAUGAGGAUGUUGAACAAGGCUCAGCUGGAAGAAAACCUACAGAAGAAGUGAUAGACCUUCUCGUAAAUUCAUAUAAAUCAUCCGAGGAAUAUCAUGAAGUUCAGAACCAGGUUGCAGAAAUUUGUCAACAGGUAAGAGCGAACCCCCAAAAUCGGAGAGGAUGGAGGAGGGUUGCUUGCAGGGUGAUGAGAGGAAUCACUCUAACAUCCAUUAUUUAUUUUCAGGGUGGUGAAAUAUUGGAAAAACGAAGUCAUGCCAACUUCACUACGCAAGGCCUUGUUUUGACAAGGAGGUCAAGUGUGAACAUGUUUCGAGAUCUUGGCUACUAUUGGAUGAGAUUCGCUACUUAUGUCGCCAUUGCUUUAGGUCUUGGCUCCAUCUACUAUGAUCUUGGCUCAAACUAUCGUUCAGUCGAGGAAAGAGGUCUAAUGGUUGCUUUUGUUGUUUCAUUUAUGACAUUUAUGACAGUUGGUGGAUUCCCUUCAUUUGUAGAGGACAUGAAGGUAUUUCAACGGGAAAACCUCAACGGGCACUAUGGAUGUUGUACUUUUGUCAUAGGCAACACACUUUCUUCCAUACCAUACGUGCUACUAAUAUCAUUUGUUCCAGGUGCCAUUGCCUAUUUCCUUUCUGGAUUUCAGAAUGGAUUUGGGCAUUUCAUCUACUUUGAGUUGGUCCUCUUUACCAGUAUGAUGAUAGUCGAGAGCCUAAUGAUGAACGUUGCAGCUAUCGUGCCUAAUUUCCUCAUGGGCAUUGUAGUGGGUGCAGGAAUACAAGGACUACAGAUAUUAAGUGGUGGUUUUUUUCAAUUACCUAGUGAGUUGCCUGAUCCAAUUUGGAAGUAUCCACUGUACUACAUGUCCUUCCACAAGUAUGCAUACCAAGGUAUGUUUAAGAAUGAAUUUGAAGGGCUAAAGUUCACAGAUGAUCAAUUCGGGAAAAAUCGGAUAAUGAGUGGAGAAGACAUCUUGAGAGAAAGAUGGCAAGCAGAAAUGGCAUACUCAAAGUGGGUAGACCUUGCCAUUCUGGUAGGUACAUUAAUCUUGUACCGUCUGGUGUUCCUCCUUAUUAUCAAGACAAAUGAAAAGGUUGUGCAUGCAAGAAAGGCAUCCACAUCAAUUCUAUCAAACCGAAGUAGUCAAAUCAUGGCCAAGUCCCUACCUGCCUCGCCUCUCCAUGGACUCACUUCAUUUGAUGACAGUCCCACCAUCAAUGGAUGAGUUAGUAGUUCAUUCCUCACAAUUUAACAUUAUGUUUUGGUUGUUGUUUCAUAAUGUAUUCUUGUAGUCUAUUAUGUUUUACAACAUUGUUCUGUGAAUACAAUGUUUAGAUAAAUUAUACUAUUUGAUGUGGUUUAA